ACGACAGACGACGGCUCUCAAAACUAAACCUCGUCCACAGAACAGAAAUCACAUUCAAGAAAGAAAAAACACAAAAAACGUUUUUUUUUCACGCACAAAAAAAGAAAAACAAGUAUUUAUUGAUGAAGCAACAUGGACCAGUUCCGAGGAUUGUUUGUGAAACUGGACCAGAACAAGGAUGGGUUCAUAUCAAUGGCAGAGCUCCACGAGGAGAUGAGGAAGCAUGGGAUCAUCUCAGGAGACGGAAAGGUCCAGAAUAUCAUGGAGUCUUAUGAUAAAGAUAAAGAUGGGCUGCUGGAUUAUAAAGAGUUUCUUAGCUACAUGAUGGACAGAGAGAGGAAAUGGAAAAUUCACUUUCAUGACCUUGACAAGAAUAAGUGCGGAGUGAUUGACCAGGAGGACAUCAUAUGUUUGUUUAAGGAGUUAGGAGUGAUCAUAUCAAAGCCGAAUGCAAAAAAAAUUAUUCAAAUGAUGGACAAGGACAAGUCCAUGACAGUUGACUGGGAUGAAUUCCUGCAUUAUAUCAUUCUAAACCCGGUGGACAACAUCGGAGAGCUCGUUUCCUCAUGGAAACACAGUCUGGUUUUCGAUGUGGGGGAGAGUCGUGCGAUGCCCAUCGAGUUCCCAGACAACGUGUCUGGCUUUGGGGCUUGGAAGACGUUUGUUCUGUCAGCUGGUCUGGCAGAUGCGGUUUCUCGAACUGCGACGGCGCCUAUAGACCGACUGAAGACCCAACUUCAGGUUCUGGGGUCCAAGGCUUUUUCCCAAGGCUUUCAGGAGCUGAGAGGAGGAGGUUUGCGGUCGAUGUGGCAAGGCAACGUUGUCAAUGUGCUGAAAGGUACUCCGCAGUCCACACUGCAAUGUCUUAUCUAUGCACAGAUGAAAGUCUACACCCAAAACAGAAGCCAGGAGACUCUGACUGUGCAGCAGCGCUUUGGCUUGGGUUGCAUCUCUGGAGCGGUGGCCCAUGCUGCUUUCUACCCAUUAGAGGUGUUGAAGGUGAGGCUGAACCUGCAGCAAGCCGGCACGUAUCAUGGCGUUGUGGCAUGCGCCAGAUCUAUUUACAAACAUGAGUCCAUGUCGUCCUUUUACAGAGGCUUCAGGCCCAGCAUCCUCUGCAUGAUCCCCUAUGCAGGUGUGGAAUGUGCGGUUCAUCAGUCUAUCAUGAGCUGGGCAAAAAGCAAUCCCACCUACAGUAGCGACUCCAAGCUGUUUUUCUUCAGUUUUGUGGCUUUUGCUUCUGGGCAAAUGAUCAGCUACCCGCUGGCGGUGAUCCGGACGCAGCAGCAAGCUCAGGCCUUCAUCUCAAAUUCACAUCCUGUCUCUGGCGUAUUAUCAGGACUCACCGGGAUAUAUGAAAGGAACGGAUUUAGAGGAUAUUAUAACGGCAUGGGAGCCAGCUUCGUAAGAGCGAUUCCAUGUGCGCUAAUAAACUACAGCCUGACCAGGAAAUUUGAAAAUAUAUUUUCUUCCAUGGAAGCUUGAGGACCUCAAACAAUUGUUUUAUUUUUAUUUUUCUGGUGUUUCCUGAGUUUCAAUGCAUAACAGACUGGUUUCUGUUGCUUAAUUUAAACUUUUAAUACAUCUGACCAAGAAAAUAAAACCAGCAUCAGGAUUUGAACCUGCUCAGGGCUGAGGCACGUUUGACUGAACACAUAUAUUAACAAAAACUGUAAUGAUAAGUUCAUUAAGGUCUGCUGUGAAUGGAAAUGUGUUCUGCUGGUGUUUGUUUAAUAAAAUUCUACCUUAAAGUGGGACAGACAACUUUUGUGUACAUAUAGAGUUGGUUUAUUUGAAUAACGAUUUGGAAAAAAAAUGUACUUUUAAGAUUUGAUUUACUACUUUGUACUUUCUACUUUUACUUCAGUAAUUUCAUUAUGAAGUAUCGCUCUUACUUGGGUAAAAUGUCUGGAUACUCUACCCUUCGCAAGGAACUUCACUGGAUUAAGAACAAGCUUGUUUUAACUAAAAAUUCACCAGACACACACCUGCAGUUUGUGUCAAAGUUUCAUAAGUUUUAAAUUAAAAGAAACUGAUUUGGAAAUUUGUUUUUAUUUUGUUUUGUUUUGUAACUAUGAUAUUUAUCUGAAUUAUUUUAAUGUUGGUCUUUAAAAGUAUAUAUUUAUACCAAAAUUGUG